CCCCUUUGCGUGCAAGGAUAUUGGCCAGUGGUUACGAAUCUUUCCCACGCGGUCUUUGCCACAAACAAUAGCUCCAUCAAAGUGGAUAAGGCAUGGUCCGAUCGUUCUCCGGUGUGGUCUGCUAGGUUUGCCUUAGUCGCGAAGAGAUCCAACUUACAAAACGGCUCCUAGGAAGCUUGUCUCACGAAGAUCUCACAACCUCUGUCUCAACCCGCGGCAAUCUCUUUCUACCAGAGUGUAGUAGAGUACGUUCUCUACUCUCAACAUGUUGAAGAAGUUCUUCGAGAAAUCGGAUGGCCCAACUGAGGCUAAUCCGAACCCUCCGGAAUAUGGGACCAAUGAAGAUAUUCAUCCAGGCUCAAAACACCCAGAAGAAGUGGUCAACGAUGAUGUCUCAAGGGAAGAUGUGCCUGAUGAUGCAGCUCAGGACGGUGUAGCACAAGCUGAAGCCAUCACAUUAACAUGGAAUAAAUGGUCCCUGGGAUCGGCCUAUGUUCUCAUGUGGCUCUUGUACUUUGUGAAUGCUUUUCAAUCUUCGAUCACUGGGAAUCUAUCAGCCUACGUGACUAGUGGAUUUGAAUCACACUCGCUGAUCCCGACCAUUAGUGUCGUCUCCAGCGUCAUGUCAGCCGCAACUUAUAUGCCGCUUGCGAAAAUUCUGAACCUGUGGGACCGCUCCAUUGGAUUCCUAGUCAUGGUUCUGUUCUCCAUCCUUGGCUUGGUAUUGUCUGCAACAUGCUCGAAUAUCGCAACGUACUGUGCAGCCCAGGUUUUCUACAGUAUCGGCUUUGCUGGUUUGAUUUUCAGUAUCGAUGUUAUCACCGCGGACACUUCAUCGCUGCGCCAUCGAGGACUUGCUUACGCAUUUACUUCUUCUCCUUAUAUUAUCACGGCAUAUGCAGGAUCGGCUGCUUCUGAGCAUUUCUACGAGUCAAACUGGCGAUGGGCAUACGGUUGUUUUGCCAUUGUUCUGCCUGUUGUUGCCUUGCCGAUGUUCUGUCUUCUUCGGUACAACCGCCACCUGGCAAAGAAGAACGGCCUUUUGAAACCAAGAGAGAAGAGCGGCAGGACGAAGAUGCAGAGUAUCAUCCACUACAUCAUCGAGUUCGAUCUCCUGGGAACCUUCCUUCUCGCAGCCGGUCUCGUUCUUUUCCUCCUCCCUUUCACCAUCGCCGGGUCUGCGGAAGAUGACUGGGCAUCUGCUCACAUCAUCGUUAUGCUUGUUGUCGGUUUCGUUGUCUUGAUCGCCUUCGGUCUUUCUGAGCGCUACCUCGCUCCAGUGCCCUUCCUCCCCUACGAGAUCCUUCUCUCCAGAACGGUUUUGGGUGCUUGCCUUAUCGACGUUACCUACCAAGUUGCAUACUACUGCUGGUUCGACUACUUCACAUCAUACCUACAGGUUGUCUAUGGCACCAGUAUUGCAACUGCUGGAUACAUUAGCAGCAUCUUUGACGUGGUUUCCGGAGUUUGGCUUUUCGUUGUCGGUUUCUUAAUCAUGAAAACGGGCCGUUUCCGGUGGCUGAUCCAGGGCGCCGUGCCUCUUUAUCUUCUUGGAGUGGGCCUGAUGAUUUACUUCCGCAACCCAAGCUGGUCAGUGGGCUACACGAUUAUGUGCCAGGUCUUCCUUGCCUUUGCCGGCGGUACGAUGAUUAUUUGUCAACAGGUUGCCGUGCAGGCCGCUGCUGACCACAACCACGUCUCCUCGGCUCUUGCCUUCCUCAACUGCUUCGGUAACAUCGGUGGUGCGAUCGGUGGCAGUAUCUCUGGUGCUAUCUGGACUCACACCCUGCCUGACGCAUUGAAACGUCUUCUGCCCGACUCUGUCAAGAGCGACUGGGAAACGAUCUACGAUGAUCUUGACGUUCAACUGAGCUACGAAAGAGGCACACCCGAACGACAGGCAAUUGCCCUUGCUUACGCUAGCUCGCAGAAGAAUAUGUUGAUUGCUGGAACGGCUAUCAUGGCCCUGUCGCUUAUCUGGAUGUUCGUCCUGAGAGACAUCAAGCUUACGAAGCAGCAAUCCAAGGGUAUUCUGUUCUAGAUUAUGCUUUGUGUUUGCCGACAUCAGCAACAAAGCGAUAUACUCCCCAUAAAAACAAAUGCAUGUUUGAUGAGCAUUUUUUUCGUACCGUGCAUACGGACUACUGAUUACUGAAAGAUCCGGCUCUCUUGGAGGUUGAAGAGCGGAUUAUUUGAAAUCUUCGGAAUUAUUCGUAUAGGAGAUACCAGUCUAUCUAGCGGGCGAGGCGGUGGUAAUUCCCAGCAGAGUUGAAGGGAAUGAAGAUAUCCAAGGAGUACCGCCUAUUAGUGAUAGACAUAGUUUAAUGUAAUACUGUGCGACGCCACUCAUAGCUUUGAUUA